AUGGACCAACAAGAGGAGAAAGCAGGCAAAACGGAGCCAAAGGAGCUCGAUCGAGUACAGAGGUCGAUCGAACCGUCGACCACCAGCUCGAUCGACCCAUUCACCCGAACAGGUCGAUCGAUGCCAUUGUCGAUCGAAUGCGUACAGGAGGAGCUCGAUCGACCCAUCAACAAGUACUCGAUCGAUCCCAUGCAGAGCAGAGCCAGCUCGAUCGAUCCCGUUCUGUUCAGCCGUUCGAUCAAUCCCGGUCAGAUGAUAUCACAGCCGUUCGAUCUACUUGGUGCAAACCGACUCGAUCGAACCACAGCGAACCGGAUUGAACCGAAGUCGACCCCGGAGCUAUUUAGACCUAUCUUUAGCCAUUGUUUAGGCUACGCCGUUUUUCAGAGUUUACACUGUUGUUCAUUGUUUCCGAGGGAGAAGAGAUCAAACCUUGUUUUCACAGUUUGGAGAAGAUUUCUGAACCCUUGUUUUUCUAUUUUCAUAUUUGAUUCAAUGAAUUCAGUUUCAGUCAUUGUUUGCUGUUUCAUUAUGUCUGAGUAG